GAGCGCAGUAGCUCGUAAAGAGAGGCUCAUCAGCGCCAGGUCUGACAGAGAGGUACAGUCUUAUCUUCUGUCCAGGUACAGACACACACACGCAUACACACAGCAUCUGGGCUGCUCUCUCCUCUUUUAUCGCUGAAUCAUUUUCUCCGCAAACUUCGGAAGCCAGUUUUCUUCAGGCUGCAGUUUGCAAAGUUGAGCCUCCGCCGCAGUUUCAGACACCCAGAGCACAUAUGUUUUCAGUUUGAACCCCUCCUCCGUCUCGUCUGGAUGCACAUGUCCACUGCUGCCUGAGGAGUAGGGGAGGAUGAAGACUGACACAAUGGAUCCAGUGAUAUGUACGAAGGAGCCAAUAAGAUGUGUUUUUACAGACAAACUGUGAAGUUCGAGGUACAAUUUGGCAAUGCAGCAGAGAGGAGAGAGGAAUAUCCUCGUAUCUCUUUUUCAGACUCAGCAGAGUAGCCUACAAACCCAGAUAAAAGUGGUGAACCCCUCCAAGCUGAGAUGCAGUAUAAACUGCAGCUGCCCCUUUUCAAUGCAUUCCUGUUCAAUACUUAACUGAAGUCAGUGUCUUCAGAAGAUGCUGAGGAAGAUGGUAAUGAUGAGGAGGAUCCUCCACGUGAAGGGAGAUGUGAUGUGCACGAUGCUGCUACUGGUGCUAUUCUGCCUGCUGCUGUACGCCCGCCAGGUCCUGGUGUCCUCUGGGUGGGACAGACCUGAGUGGAAGCUGGAGAUCCAUAGCUCUACCAGCUCCAGCCGAACCCUGCUGGGAGCCAAUGGGGCCAAAGUUGGCCAGGAGUCUCCAGGGCAGUUACCAUCCAGCCCUUCAGAGCCACAGCUGCCUGCAUGCAGGCCCCAGUCCAAGUCUAAACCUCCUCAGCCCAAAUCCAAACCUCAGGUCAAACCUAAGGGAAAAUCCAGGUCACGACAGAAGAAUGUUGUGCCGACCAAGGCCACUGGCAAUCCUCUACCCACGUUGCCACCAUUUGACUUUGAGAGCUAUCUGAGAGAGAAGGAUAACAGAAACUUUAAGCUGCUCAUAGACCAACCAGAAAAAUGUCACAUUGGAGCAGAGGAAGAAGGAGGAGGAGGAAGAGGGUCUACCACUGCUCCCUACAUGCUCAUCGCAGUGAAAUCUAUUGCUGCGGAUUUUGAUAAGCGGCAGGUGGUACGUCGGACCUGGGGUAAAGAAGGACAUUUCAAAAAUGGUGUGUCCAUCCGUACUCUUUUCCUACUGGGUGUUCCCAGGAAUCGGACUGCCUUGCCUCUGUGGGAUCGGCUCCUGGCCUAUGAGAGUGAAACCUAUAGGGACAUCCUGCUGUGGGACUUUGAGGACACCUUCUUCAACCUGACACUGAAGGAAACACACUUUCUGGAAUGGAUCAACAGCAGCUGUCCUCAUGUCGAGUUCAUCUUCAAGGGUGAUGCUGAUGUGUAUGUGAACAUAGAAAACAUACUAGAGAUGCUACAAGGUCAAAAGUCAGAUGAGGAUCUCUUUGUUGGUGAUAUUAUUGUCCAUGCUAAACCCAUUCGACGCCGAAGUUCCAAGUAUUACGUGCCAGAGUUUAUGUAUGGAGGGGGUUUGUACCCAUCUUAUGCUGGGGGAGGAGGGUUUGUCAUGUCUGGACAUACAGCUCGGAGACUUAGCACUGCCUGUCAACAGGUGGAGUUGUUCCCCAUUGAUGAUGUCUUUCUGGGAAUGUGCCUCCAGCUGAUUGGCGUUAAACCGUCUCGCCACCGGGGCUUUCGGACUUUUGGAAUUCCCCGACCAUCUGCAGCACCCCACCUUCAGACAUUUGACCCUUGCUUCUACCGGGAACUCAUGGUUGUUCACAGCCUCAGUGUGCCCCAGAUCUGGCUCAUGUGGAACCUGCUGCAUGACCCCAAACUGAGCUGCCACAACAGGACCAGCCCAACGUCCUGGCCCUUCAGGUGGAAGGAUAAGGUGGGAGAUGCAGGAGAGGAGACUGACUACGGUGAGAAGCAGGUGUUUGUCACGCAUUAGUGACUUCCGGCAGGGAUGAGUGGGAUCUGCAAGAGCCCGAGCAUGUAGAAAAUGGAUGUGGCCAACUUGAAAGCCCUGUGAUGUUUUUAAAAGCACAGUUGACUCAUAUGAAACUUUUAUCCAACCUGGCAGAUUGUCUUUGGGGAAAUGAAUUGGCAAAGGCCAAAUGUGCUUCAGGUUUUUCAGUAAGGAAGCCCAAAGAGAAUUUAGGCUUCUGCUAUCAGAGUGUUUGUUCAUACAGUGUUUGUGAACAGCAGUGCAGCAAGACCUGGAUUUGUAUGAAAGAUUGCUCUCAAGUUAUUAUAAUUGUCUUUUGUGUCUUGUGUCUUUUUUAACCAUAAAUUUGAUGUAAGACUUUGAAUGUAAUGUGCUGUAAUUGUUUGCACAGCAACAAGCAAUCCGAAAAGACAACAUAACGAAAUGUGGUUUGCUGGUUUAACCCCAUUGAAGUGUAAAUGCAAUGUUAAUAUUCUGACAUUCAUUGGACUAUGUGGACAGUCAGGACUGCAGAUGGCUGUGUACUGGGCGUGUGGGAAGACAGAAGAGACUCUUCAUGGUCUGAUGUGAAUCAGAGGUAACUUGCAGAGAUGUUCUUUUCUCCCUUAAUGCUGGAUAGAUGCACACAUGGACGGUCACAGUAUCUGUUCCCUGGAGGAACAACAAAUGAUGCCUAAAUGGAAACCGGCUGCACACUGGGAGCUAGCUGGGACCAUAGUACACACUCACACACAUACACACACAUGCAACAAAACCUCUGCUGAGUGUUUGUGAGAAGGCCGCAGUCAGGCAUGUGAACACUCUUUUUUCACAUUUCAUGUGAACAUUUCAGUUAUUACUAUAAUUAUAAUGACUUGAUUUGUUUUGUGUUA